AUGGACGGAUUCCGUGAGUUAGAUUCUUCUCCAAAGCAAUCUAAAAAAAUUUUACUAUCAGUUUUCAGCAUUUUUGCUAUCAUAGGUAUAAUAGCAGCCAUAUCAGUCCUAAACAGUUCCCAAAAUACUUGCAAAUCUUCUCACUCCCCCCCCCCCCCUCCGUGAGCGAACAAAAAAAUUUUGUUCGCUCACGGAGGGGGGUUAAUUUUUUUUUUUAAAAAAAAUUUAUAUAUAAAUUUUAUAAAAAAAUAUUUUUUUCGAAAUUUUAAAAAAAUCCUAAUUUGCAAAAAUUGGGAAGCAAAUAUUAAUUUAAUUUGCAAAAUUUAUGUUUUAAAACGCAAUUUGUUUUAAAAUUAAACAGAAUUAGCUCUAGAUUUCAUUAUACUAAUUAUCACUUUAUAUAUCCAAAUUUUUUUCCAUUAAAAUUUUUUCUAUUAAAAAAAUUUUUGUUCACUCACGGAGGGUGGGUUUUUGGUCAAAAAAUGGCGAUUUUUCUAAUGGUUUUGUUCGCUCACGGGGGGGGGGGGGAGUCAGUAUCAAAUUGAAGAGAAUGAAUUCCAAGAUUACCUUUCCAAAUGAAACAAAAUUUAUUCAGAUGAACUAGAAUAUCAAUCCCGAUUCAAAAUUUACAAGGAAAAUUCUGUCUUUAUCCGCAAUUUUAAUUCCCAAGGCCACAGCUGGACUCUUAAAUUAAAUGAGUUUGCUGAUAUGACACCGUCCGAAUUCAAAAGUAUUUAUACACCUACAAAAAUUCCAUAUAAAACUCGUUUAAAUAUCCAAAACCAUAAAAUAGAUGCUAAUAUUCCUGCACAAGUAGACUGGACUGUAGGUGGCGCAGUUACUUAUGUCAAAAACCAAGGCCAAUGUGGAAGCUGUUGGGCAUUUUCAACUACAGGUUCUGUAGAAGGGGCUUGGUUUAUAGCUGGACAUCCUCUAACCCCUUUUUCUGAGCAAGAGCUUGUAGACUGUUCAUCAUCAUAUGGAAAUUUCGGUUGUAAUGGUGGUCUUAUGGACAACGCUUUUCAAUAUAUCAUAGCUAAUGGGAUUUCAACAGAAAACAGUUAUCCAUACACAGCUCGUGAUGGAAUAUGCAAUAAAGAUAAGACUAAAGUCCCUGAUGCUCAAAUUGCAUCAUAUGCUGAUGUUACUCAAAAUAAUAUUAAUGCACUUCAAGCAGCCGUUUCUCAGCAGCCUGUCAGUGUUGCUGUAGAAGCUGAUCAGGCUGCUUGGCAAUUUUACUCAGGAGGAGUAGUUACAGAUAAUUGUGGAAAUGCUUUGGACCAUGGAGUACUAGUGGUAGGGUAUAAUAUGAACAAUACCCCUCCAUAUUGGAAAGUCAAAAAUUCAUGGGGAGCAGAAUGGGGUGAAGCUGGGUAUAUUUAAUAUGAUAAAUAUAAAGAAUUUAGCAAUAAAAAUUCAUGAAUUUAUAUAAAAAUAUAUAUAAGAAUACAUUAGAAUUGCUAUUGUAGAUGGAGAUGGAGUCUGCGGAAUCCAAAUGCAGCCAAGCUAUCCAAUAGUUUAA